AUGGUCGAACUCAAGUUCAACUCUUUCCACUCCGAUCCUAUCCUCAAGUACCUUCCCCCUUUUAUCACGGAUGAAGAUGGCGAUCCGCCCAUUGGCGACGUGGAGGGCGCCAUCCGGUUCUGGGAGAGGCUCUUGAGGAAGUACAAGCGGUAUGGGCGCCAUCCUUACCUACUCGUCCGCUACGCCUCGGCAGUCUCCCCAGUGUCCCCAGGGCAUGCACUGUUUCUGCUCGAGGAGGCGCACGCAGAGAUGGCUGCGCGCGACGUGGAAAGCAGUGCCCGGUUCGAGGACUUGAUCGCAGCGUUCACAAAGGAGAUCAUCUACGAGGACAUCCACACCUGCACGUGA